UCUGUAUAUACAUGUAUCCCUCUGUUUUUAUGUUUGAAAAAAAAAACAUGGAUCUUAACAACUUGGUCUCUUCUGAAUGAAUGAACAUUGACACGAAUUUGAAGAAUGAACACUCACCUCUUAUCAUUACACACUUCACCACCACUUUCCAACAACACAAUCUCAAAAACAAAACCAAAAACAACCCCUUCAUACCAAAGAAUCUUCAUUCCAACACAUGUCUAUAGACACCCAUCAGCCAUACUCUUAGAACUCUGCACUUCCAUGAAAGAGCUUCACCAAAUCCUUCCCUUAAUAAUCAAAAACGGUUUCUACAAUGAACAUUUAUUCCAAACAAAGCUUAUAAGCUUGUUCUGUAAAUAUGGUAGCAUCAAUGAAGCAUCUCGUGUCUUUAACCCUGUUGAGAAUAAAUUAGAUGUUCUUUAUCAUACUAUGCUUAAAGGGUAUGCAAAAAACUUAACUUUAUGUGAUUCUUUGGUGUUUUACAAGAGGAUGCAAUGUGAUGAGGUUAAGCCUGUUGUUUAUGAUUUUACUUAUUUGUUGCAAUUGUGUGGUGAUAAUUUGGAUCUUAAAAAGGGUAGGGAGAUUCAUGGAAUGUUGAUUGUUAAUGGGUAUGAGUCCAAUUUGUUUGCUAUGACUGCUGUUGUUAAUUUGUAUGCAAAGUGUAGGCAGAUUGAUGAUGCGUAUAAGAUGUUUGAUAGAAUGCCGCAGAAGGAUUUGGUUUCUUGGAACACGGUUGUCUCUGGGUAUGCGCAGAAUGGGUUUGCUAGGAAGGCUUUGAAGUUGGUUUUGGAUAUGCAGGAAGCUGGACAAAAGCCUGAUUCGAUUACGUUGGUUAGUAUUUUGCCGGCUGUGGCGGAUAUUAAGGGUUUGAGAAUCGGAAGGUCGAUUCAUGGUUAUGCUGUUAGGUCGGGAUUUGAAUCUUAUGUUAAUGUUUCGACUGCGCUUUUGGAUAUGUACUUUAAGUGUGGAUCGGUAGAGACUGGGAGAUUGGUUUUUCGGAGGAUGAGUAGUAAGAAUGUUGUUUCGUGGAACACCGUGAUUGAUGGUCUUGCGCAGAAUGGAGAAUCUGAAGAAGCGUUUGCGACUUUUUUGAAGAUGUUGGAUGAAAAGGUGGAGCCUACAAAUGUUACUAUGAUGGGCGCUUUACACGCUUGUUCUAAUUUAGGCGAUCUUGAACGAGGGAGAUUUGUUCACAGAUUAUUGGAUGAGAGGAAACUUGAUUCUAAUGUGUCGGUUAUGAAUUCGUUGAUAUCUAUGUAUUCGAAGUGUAAGAGAGUUGAUGUUGCAGCCUCGAUAUUCGAUAAUUUGAAAGGGAAAACAAAUGUUACAUGGAAUGCCAUGAUAUUAGGUUAUGCACAGAAUGGUUGCGUAAAUGAAGCUUUGAAUCUAUUCUGUACAAUGCAAUCUCAAGGCGUUAAGCCUGAUUCCUUUACGUUUGUGAGUGUGAUUACUGCUCUAGCAGAUUUAUCGGUUACCCGUCAAGCUAAGUGGAUUCACGGACUCGCAAUGAGAACAAAUAUGGACAAGAACGUCUUUGUUGCUACUGCUCUCGUUGACAUGUAUGCGAAAUGCGGAGCCAUCGAAACUGCAAGGGAGCUUUUCAACAAGAUGCAAGAGCGACAUGUGAUAACGUGGAAUGCAAUGAUAGACGGAUAUGGCACACACGGCCUUGGAAAAGCGGCUCUAGAUCUCUUCGAAAAUAUGCGAAACGAAGUUUCUGUUAAGCCAAAUGAAAUAACAUUUCUGUCUGUUAUUUCAGCGUGUAGUCACUCAGGUUUUGUGGAAGAGGGUCUCUACUACUUCAAAAUCAUGAAAGAAGAUUAUGGCUUGGAGCCUGGGAUGGAUCACUACGGUGCCAUGGUUGAUCUCCUUGGCCGUGCCGGAAAACUAGACAGUGCUUGGAAUUUUAUUCAAGAAAUUCCUAUCAAACCAGGGAUUACUGUUUUAGGUGCAAUGCUAGGUGCUUGCAAAAUUCAUAAAAACGUCGAAUUAGGUGAAAAAGCCGCAGACAAACUAUUCGAGUUAGAUCCAGAAGAGGGUGGAUAUCAUGUGCUACUUGCAAACAUGUAUGCCUCUGCUUCAAUGUGGGACAAAGUAGCCAAAGUGAGAACAGCCAUGGAGAAAAAGGGGCUGCAGAAAACACCAGGCUGCAGUUUAGUUGAACUGAGAAACGAAGUUCACGCCUUCUAUUCAGGAAGUACAAAUCAUCCUCAAUCGAAAAGAAUCUACGCUUUUCUUGAAACACUUGGAGAUGAGAUUAGAGCUGCUGGUUACGUGCCAGACAACGAUUCAAUUCACGACGUGGAAGAAAACGUGAAGGAGCAAUUGGUCAGUAGCCAUAGUGAGAGGCUUGCCAUUGCAUUUGGACUUUUGAAUACAAAUCCUGGUACAACAAUACAUGUAAGGAAGAAUCUAAGAGUUUGUGGUGAUUGCCAUGAAGCCACCAAGUAUAUUUCGCUUGUGACAGGGAGGGAAAUUAUCGUGCGUGAUUUACAAAGAUUCCAUCAUUUUAAGAACGGCAGUUGUUCUUGUGGAGAUUACUGGUAAAAUGACAUACGUCGUUGCAUCUUGGUUCAAUCCUUGCAAACUCAAGAAGAAUGCAUGAUUUGGAUCAAGUUUAACAAUAUCAUGGACAAUUAUAGUUCCCUGUUGAAUCAGAGGCUUGUAACUAUAAGGUUCAGUUAUAUAAUAUUUUUUAGGAAAUAUGCAUAUUGAUUCUGAAAGAAGUUCAGUUGUAUUUUCUUGGUUCACUAAAGUGUUUUGUUUAUUCAAUUUUGGUUCCAAAAAUUGUCUACUAAAGUAAAUUGAACGAGGAUAAGGUUUGAAAUAGUACUUCUCUAGACACAUGAAUAAUUUCCAAGCUUUAGUUGGUUCCAUGUUUAUCAUCUGUAACAAUGAGUUACUAGAAUAUAACCCGUAUGUUGCGCAGGAUA